AUGGCGGCCAACGAUUCGCCAACCCAAUCCAAGAACGAGGCUGCGUUCGCUUCCAGUGAUAAUGGAGUCCAAGUUUCUGAGACGGAGUUCAAGGAGGAAGUGGGAGGCUUACAUUUCGACCAAUACCUUGCUGGCGGAAUGGGACGCCAUCUGGGCAUCUUCAGCACAACGUCUCUGAUUAUCGGACGAAUUAUCGGCACAGGGAUCUUUUCUACGCCUUCAUCGAUCGUUAAUGGGGUCGGAUCUUUGGGCGCCUCGAUGCUCCUGUGGGUGCUGGGGCUGCUGCUGUCCGUCUCGGGGCUCUGCGUCUGGCUUGAAUUUGCCUGCAUGAUUCCUCGAAGCGGUGGCGAGAAAGUAUAUCUUGAGGCAGCAUAUCGGCGACCGAAAAUGUUGAUCACGACCAUCUUUGCGGUCCAAGCAAUUGCUCUAGGCUUCACUGCGUCUGGCUGCAUUGUUUUUGCAUCCAAUAUUCUGGUAGCAGCAAACAGGACAGUCACGGAGUGGGCAGAGCGAGGCAUCGCCAUUGCGGUCAUCAUCUCGGUCACCGUCAUCCACACGUUUGUCCCGAAGCUCGGUGUUCAUGGCAUGAACUUCUUCACCAUCCUGAAGCUAAUCCUGCUCAUCUUCAUCGUUGUUACGGGAUGGGUGGUGCUUGGAGGUGGUGUUUCCAAAGUACCGGAUCCUCACGCGAGCUUUCACAAUGCGUUUGCUGGGUCCGCAAAGUCCGGCAACCCAUAUGCAACCGCAUUGUUCAAAGUGUUGAACUCAUACGCAGGCUGGUCUAACGCAAUGUAUGUGCUCAACGAGGUGAAGAACCCCGUUCGAACCAUCAAAAUUGCCGGUCCCCUUGGUCUUUCAACGUGCGGAGUUCUGUAUAUCCUCGCCAACGUCGCUUAUUUCUCUGCGGCGACACCUGCAGAAAUCGCAGCAAGCGGAACCACUGUAGCCUCCUUCUUCAUGAAGAAAGUGUUUGGUUCAGCCGCCCAGAGAGCUCUUAGUGUCCUCGUCGCUCUUUCAGCAUACGGCAACGUCUUGACAGUAACCUUUGCCCAGUCGCGAGUCAACCAGGAGCUUGCCAAGGAAGGCGUCAUUCCCUUUCCACGAUUCUGGGCUUCGUCAUGGCCCUUCGGUUCGCCAUCUGCCGGCUUAAUCCUACAUUUCAUUCCCUCCUUCAUCGUCAUUGUCGCCAUACCUUUCGGAGACGCCUACAACUUUAUUCUCGAUGUCGAAGGAUAUCCCGGGGCUGUCAUGAACUCUCUGGUAGUCGCGGGGCUAUUUUACCUCCGUUGGACGGAGCCAAAGGCACCAAGACCAUUCAAGGUCUGGCUGCCGGUCGCAGCGUUCUUCAUGCUAGGACAGGCGUUCCAGCUUGUGGCUCCAUUCUUGAAGCCCCCAGGAGGCAAAGGCGAUACCAGUCUGCCAUACUGGCUCUAUGCCAUUGUGGGUAUUUCCAUAUUGGCAGCGUCUGUUGUUUACUGGGCAGUCUGGUGGGUGGCAGCGCCCAAGCUGGGAAAAUAUUCGCUAGAGUCGCGAAACGAGCCUCUUGCAGAUGGGACGAAUGUGCUCGUGUAUCACCGCGUACCUACCGAGGAUAAAAGGGCGUAG